GACGAGCAGCGCAACAUCAUUUACACAGUGCCCUCCAAAACAUAGACAAUCGAACACCAGAGGGAAACAAAGAGUUUUUGAGUUUUCACAUUCGUCCAGUGUUUAGACCCCGGGAGGUUGGCUGACGCGGUCCGGUCAUCGAUGGAAGAGCCGACGCCGGAGCUCGAACUCCCCGGUUUCCGUUUCCACCCGACCGAGGAGGAGCUCCUCGACUUUUACCUCCGGAACAUGAUUUCCAACAAGAAACUGCGGUUCGACGUGAUCGGGUUCUUGAACAUCUACAACUACGAUCCCCGGGAAUUGCCUGGACUGGCGAAGAUUGGCGAAAGAGAGUGGUACUUCUUUGUGCCGAGAGACAGGAAGCACGGGAGCGGUGGUCGGCCGAACCGGACCACCAAGCACGGCUUCUGGAAGGCCACCGGCUCGGACCGGAAGAUUGUGAGCCUAUCGGACCCCAAGAGGGUGCUCGGCCUGAGAAAGACCCUCGUGUUCUACCAGGGAAGGGCGCCGCGGGGAAGCAAGACGGAUUGGGUCAUGAACGAGUACAGAUUACCCGAUGACUCGUUGCCCAAGGAAUUGGUUUUGUGCAAGAUAUACAGGAAGGCCACCUCCCUGAAAGUGCUGGAGCAGAGAGCCGCGAUGGAGGAAGGCAUGAAUAAGGCCGCUGCCGCUGCCACUGCUCACCUGUCUCCUCCAUCUCCAUUCUCACCGAUGGAGACCACCUCGUCCUUCACCACUCAGCCUUACGAUCAGACACCAUCGAUGAACACGUCCAAGGUUGUGUUCAAGCAGGAACUACAAGAGGAGGUGGAAGAUGAACAGGAAGUACAGGGUUUCAUCACAAGCCCCGCACAAGAAUAUCACAAGAACAAAGUGAUGACCAAAGGGUCGUCCUCUUCACUGCAACUGCCAAUUGGGAAGGAGAAAUUGCCAGAGCUGCAAGUGCCCAAGAUGCCUGUGGACUGGACACAGGACAGCUUCUGGUCUCAGUUCAACAGCCCCUGGCUUCAGGGGGGCUUUAACACCCCUUAUGCCAACAUUCUGAACUUCUAAUUUGUUGAUCGACCUGAGUUAAAUUCAAAGCUUAGUGGUUGUAGAUCGUUAAAAAGUGUUCCACAUCGCUCGUCCAUGGGCUCCAUCAAAAGUUUUUGAGUUGGACUUUCAAGGGCUGUGCAUGAAUUGAAUUUGCAUCUAUCUAACAGAGUCAUCAAUACUAUGUUUAUGCUCCAAUAAGUGAGGAGCCUCUCAUGCUUAGGUUAGUGCUAGGAAGAGUUCAGCUUGGCUGUACAUUCCAUUGUAACAACUUCUGUCCCAAAUCAAAUUGGGAAUCCUUCCUUUUUCCUUAA